GCUUGCGAGCUACACAUCCGGGCCACUGUUACUAGCGAGGGGAAGAUGGCGGCCGCAACUGUGGUGGUUCCCGCAGAGUGGAUAAAGAACUGGGAAAAAUCAGGGAGAGGCGACUUUUUGCAUUUAUGCCGGAUUCUCAGUGAAAAUAAAAGCCAUGACAGUUCAACCUACAGAGAUUUUCAACAAGCUCUCUAUGAGUUGUCAUACCAUGUCAUUAAAGGAAAUUUAAAGCACGAGCAGGCAUCUAGUGUUCUUAAUGACAUUAGCGAAUUUCGUGAGGAUAUGCCUUCUAUUCUUGCUGAUGUAUUCUGCAUAUUAGAUAUCGAGACAAAUUGUUUAGAAGAAAAAAGCAAGAGAGACUAUUUUACACAAUUGGUAUUAGCAUGUUUGUAUUUAGUUUCAGACACAGUUCUGAAGGAACGCUUGGAUCCAGAAACUUUGGAAUCAUUAGGGCUUAUCAAACAGUCACAGCAGUUCAACCAAAAGUCAGUUAAAAUCAAGACAAAACUCUUUUAUAAGCAGCAAAAAUUCAAUUUAUUAAGAGAAGAAAAUGAAGGUUAUGCCAAGCUGAUUGCUGAACUGGGACAAGAUUUAUCUGGAAAUAUUACUAGUGAUUUAAUAUUAGAAAAUAUCAAAUCAUUAAUAGGAUGCUUUAAUCUGGAUCCCAAUAGAGUUUUGGACGUUAUUUUAGAAGUGUUUGAAUGCAGGCCAGAACAUGAUGACUUCUUUAUAUCUUUAUUAGAAUCUUACAUGAGUAUGUGUGAACCGCAAACACUGUGUCAUAUUCUUGGGUUCAAAUUCAAGUUUUACCAGGAACCAAGUGGUGAGACGCCCUCAUCUUUGUACAGAGUUGCAGCUGUCCUUCUGCAAUUUAAUCUCAUUGAUCUAGAUGAUCUUUAUGUGCACCUCCUUCCAGCUGAUAAUUGCAUUAUGGAUGAAUACAAACGAGAAAUUGUAGAAGCUAAACAAAUUGUAAGAAAACUCACAAUGGUUGUAUUGUCUUCUGAAAAACUUGAUGAACGGGACAAAGAAAAGGACAAAGAUGAUGAGAAAGUAGAGAAGCCACCUGAUAACCAGAAGCUUGGUUUGUUGGAAGCCUUGUUAAAGAUCGGUGAUUGGCAGCAUGCGCAGAACAUUAUGGAUCAGAUGCCUCCAUACUAUGCAGCAUCACAUAAACUAAUAGCUCUUGCUAUUUGCAAGCUCAUUCACAUAACUGUUGAGCCUCUCUACCGAAGAGUUGGUGUUCCUAAAGGUGCUAAAGGCUCACCCGUUAGUGCUUUGCAAAACAAGAGGGCACCGAAGCAAGUAGAGAGCUUUGAAGAUUUGAGGAGGGAUGUAUUCAAUAUGUUCUGUUACCUUGGCCCUCACCUUUCUCACGAUCCCAUUUUAUUUGCAAAAGUCGUGCGCAUAGGCAAGUCAUUUAUGAAGGAGUUUCAGUCUGAUGGAAGCAAACAAGAAGAUAAAGAGAAAACGGAAGUUAUCCUUAGCUGUUUGCUUAGCAUUACUGACCAGGUAUUGCUUCCAUCUCUUUCUUUGAUGGACUGCAAUGCUUGCAUGUCGGAGGAACUAUGGGGAAUGUUUAAGACAUUUCCUUAUCAGCAUAGAUAUCGUCUAUAUGGCCAGUGGAAGAAUGAAACUUAUAACGGUCACCCACUUUUAGUAAAAGUUAAAGCUCAAACAAUAGACAGAGCCAAGUAUAUCAUGAAGCGUCUAACCAAGGAAAAUGUGAAGCCUUCAGGAAGACAGAUUGGCAAGCUGAGCCACAGCAAUCCAACCAUUUUGUUUGAUUAUAUCUUGUCCCAAAUACAGAAAUAUGAUAACUUAAUAACGCCUGUAGUAGAUUCAUUGAAAUACCUCACUUCAUUGAAUUAUGACGUUUUGGCCUAUUGUAUCAUUGAAGCUUUAGCUAAUCCUGAAAAGGAGAGAAUGAAACAUGAUGACACAACCAUCUCAAGCUGGCUUCAGAGUCUGGCUAGUUUCUGUGGUGCAGUAUUCCGUAAAUAUCCGAUUGAUCUUGCUGGUCUUCUUCAGUAUGUAGCCAAUCAAUUAAAGGCAGGCAAAAGUUUUGACCUACUAAUAUUGAAAGAAGUGGUACAAAAAAUGGCAGGAAUUGAAAUUACAGAGGAAAUGACAAUGGAGCAAUUAGAAGCUAUGACUGGUGGGGAGCAGCUGAAGGCUGAGGGUGGUUAUUUUGGCCAGAUCAGAAACACUAAAAAGUCUUCUCAGAGAUUAAAGGAUGCACUACUGGACCAUGAUCUUGCUCUUCCUCUCUGUUUGCUUAUGGCUCAGCAGAGGAAUGGGGUAAUUUUUCAGGAGGGUGGAGAGAAACACUUGAAACUUGUGGGGAAGCUCUAUGACCAGUGUCAUGAUACCCUAGUACAGUUUGGUGGGUUUUUAGCAUCCAAUCUAAGUACCGAAGACUAUAUAAAGCGAGUGCCUUCAAUCGACGUGCUCUGUAAUGAGUUUCACACACCUCAUGAUGCAGCAUUUUUUCUGUCUAGGCCCAUGUAUGCACACCAUAUUUCAUCAAAAUAUGAUGAACUUAAAAAAUCAGAAAAGGGAAGUAAACAGCAACAUAAAGUCCACAAAUAUAUUACAUCAUGUGAGAUGGUGAUGGCUCCUGUCCAUGAAGCAGUGGUCUCUUUACAUGUUUCCAAAGUCUGGGAUGAUAUCAGCCCCCAGUUCUAUGCUACAUUUUGGUCUCUGACAAUGUAUGACCUUGCAGUUCCCCAUACCAGCUACGAAAGAGAAGUCAAUAAACUUAAAGUCCAGAUGAAAGCGAUUGAUGACAAUCAAGAAAUGCCUCCAAAUAAAAAGAAAAAAGAAAAGGAGCGUUGCACAGCCCUUCAGGACAAGCUUCUAGAAGAAGAAAAGAAACAGAUGGAACAUGUUCAGAGAGUUCUUCAGAGACUGAAACUGGAAAAGGACAACUGGCUUUUAGCAAAGUCUACCAAAAAUGAGACCAUCACAAAAUUUCUACAGCUAUGUAUAUUUCCUCGAUGCAUUUUUUCAGCAAUUGAUGCUGUUUACUGUGCUCGUUUUGUUGAGUUGGUACAUCAACAGAAAACUCCAAAUUUUUCCACACUUCUUUGCUAUGAUCGAGUUUUUUCUGACAUAAUUUACACAGUUGCAAGCUGUACUGAAAAUGAAGCUAGUCGAUAUGGGAGAUUUCUCUGCUGUAUGUUAGAGACUGUGACCAGGUGGCAUAGCGAUAGAGCCACAUAUGAAAAGGAAUGUGGAAACUAUCCAGGAUUCCUUACCAUAUUACGGGCAACUGGAUUUGAUGGUGGAAAUAAAGCUGAUCAAUUAGAUUAUGAGAAUUUUCGACAUGUUGUACAUAAGUGGCAUUACAAACUAACCAAGGCAUCAGUACACUGCCUUGAGACAGGCGAAUAUACUCACAUCAGGAAUAUAUUGAUUGUGCUAACAAAAAUACUUCCUUGGUACCCAAAAGUUUUGAAUCUGGGUCAGGCUUUGGAAAGAAGAGUGAAUAAAAUAUGCCAAGAGGAAAAAGAGAAGAGGCCAGAUCUAUAUGCAUUGGCUAUGGGCUACUCGGGGCAGUUGAAAAGUAAAAAGUCACACAUGAUACCUGAAAAUGAAUUUCAUCACAAAGAUCCUCCUCCAAGGAAUGCUGUUGCCAGUGUACAAAAUGGGCCUGGUGGUGGGACUUCUUCAUCAUCCAUAGGAAGUGCAUCUAAAUCGGAUGAAAGUGGCACGGAGGAGACUGAUAAAUCAAGGGAGAGAUCUCAGUGUGGUAUGAAAGCUGUUAAUAAGGCUUCUAGUACAACACCAAAAGGGAAUUCAAGCAAUGGAAAUAGUGGCUCUAACAGCAACAAAGCUGUUAAGGAAAAUGAUAAAGAAAAAGUAAAAGAGAAAGAAAAAGAGAAAAAAGAAAAGACUCCAGCUACAACUCCAGAGGCCAGGGUACUUGGAAAAGAUAGUAAAGAAAAACCAAAGGAAGAUCGUCAAAAUAAAGAUGAAAAAGCAAGAGAGACAAAGGAAAGAACACCUAAAUCCGACAAAGAGAAAGAAAAAUUCAAGAAGGAAGAAAAAGCUAAAGAUGAGAAAUUCAAAACCACUGUUCCCAGUGUAGAGUCAAAAUCAACUCAAGAAAGGGAAAGAGAGAAGGAGCCAUCCAGAGAAAGAGAUGUAGCAAAGGAAAUGAAGUCAAAGGAAAAUGUUAAAGGAGGAGAAAAAACACCAGUUUCAGGGUCCUUGAAGUCACCUGUUCCCCGAUCAGAUAUCUCCGAGACUGAAAGGGAACAAAAACGCCGCAAAAUCGAUACUCAUCCUUCUCCAUCACAUUCCUCCACAGUAAAGGUUACAGACAUACUUCCCAAAGUUCCUCUGGGUUCUGAGAACUAUGCCAGCUCACCUGUCAUCUCCAUUCAUUUUCUACAGGACAGUCUCAUCGAUCUCAAGGACUCUUCAGCAAAGCUCUACAUUAAUCAUACUCCUCCACCACUGUCCAAGAGUAAGGAGAGAGAGAUGGACAAGAAAGAUUUGGACAAGUCAAGGGAAAGAUCCAGAGAAAGAGAGAAAAAAGAUGAAAAGGACAGGAAAGAGCGGAAAAGGGAUCACUCAAACAAUGACCGGGAAGUGCCACAGGACAUAACAAAGAGGCGGAAAGAGGAAAAUGGAACAAUGGGGGUUUCAAAACACAAAAGUGAGAGUCCAUGUGAGUCUCAAUAUCCAAAUGAGAAAGACAAAGAGAAAAAUAAGUCAAAAUCUUCAGGCAAAGAAAAAGGCAGUAGUGAUUCAUUUAAAUCUGAGAAGAUGGAUAAAAUCUCCUCUGGUGGCAAAAAGGAAUCCAGGCAUGAUAAAGAAAAGAUAGAAAAGAAAGAAAAACGGGAUAGUUCAGGAGGAAAGGAAGAGAAGAAACAUCAUAAGUCCUCUGACAAGCACAGAUAAUGAACACUUCCAACCAAGGGUGUGGACAGACCCCUAAGCUGAACGUCUCCCCGAGGAGGAUGCCAAAGCUCCAUGAGUCACUCUCAGAAUGAUAUUUCACAUAAUUAAGAGCUUCUGGUGCUGUCCAUUUAAUGGGAAUCUGCUUUAAGUCAGAAGAUGCAUACAUACCACCAUCCUUUUGACAAGACAUUCCAAAGUCAAUGAUUUUCAGAACAUUAUUUUCACCUGCAGGCAAUUUCUUGGAGCAAGGUCCCUGUGCAUACAAUUUUUACUUGAGAUAUGCCAUCCAGAAGCAGCAUCUAAUGAAAAAUUCACUAACUGACUUUUAGUUCAUCCUUCUUUCUCAGAAAGGAGAGGAAAUUGCCUCCUGGAACCAAUUCCUUAAUGAUGUAGAUAGAUUGCCUUUGUGUGUGAACUCUGUAAGUGUGAAAACAUUGGGAUGAUUUUGUUGCUUGGAGGGUUUUGGCUUCUUGUAAAAAAUUUUAAAUUUAAUUCCAGUUCCUGGGAAAGAUCUUUAUGUGUUUUAACAGCAACAGCAUUUUUAUCUUUUAAUGUACCUUUAAAUUUGUCAUCUAAGUUUCCUUGUCCUUAAGGAAUUCUCAUAGGGUGACAUCAUGAUUGAGGCCCCAUUUCUUAUUCCGCGUAUGGUCAUAUGGAUAUCAUGAUGUUCAUUUUUUUUAUUGGAACAUUACACAGAAAUCAUUGUGAUCAAGAACUCAUUUCUUAUUCUCACAAGUAUGGUCAUGUGAAUAUCAUGAUGUUCUUUAUUAGAACAUUAUUUAUUUUCAAUCUAAAAGCCUGAGAUGCAGUCACCAUUUUAAAGUGGACAGGUCAGUGGUCCUUAGUAUAUUCACUAUGUGGUGCAGUCAUCACCAUAGUCUAAUUGCAGAACAUGCAGGUUAGCAGUCAUUCUUAACUCUCCUCUUUCUUCAGCCACUGGAAGCUACUGACACAUUUCUGCCUGUGAAUUUGCCUGUUUGGGGACAUUUCAUAUAAAUGGAAUCGUGCAAUAUCAUGUCCUUGGGGGCCAGGAUUCUUUCAACUACCAUCAUAUAUAUUAUCAGGAUUUAUCCAUGGUGUAGCAUGUGUCAAUAAUCCAUUCCUUUUUAUGGUUAAAUAUUCCACAGAAUGAAUGUGUAUUUAUGUUUUGUUUACCCAUUUAUUAUUUGAUGGGCAGGAACAAUUGUUUUUCAAGUAUUAAAAUUGUGAGUUCAACAUCAGUGUAUCCAAAAUUAUAAUUGAUGAUGUCAAGAUUAUACAUGGUAUGCGCAGAAUGCUGUGUAGAAAUGAUGUGUAAAUUAUUUGUUGGCAUUUCAUACAAUUUUGGUUAUUUUCUAAGGCCCCUUCUAGCUAUGAUUUUAGGAACUAUGUGAAUGUAGUAUUUUCAUUAAUAAAGUUUAAUGCAUUAAGCAUUAAUUUAAAAAUUGAGAACAACAUUAGGCAGAUAUAAAACUAUUUGCCACAUACUGUAAUCAUGUUUUGAAUUUAUUUCAUUAUACAGUAUUUGAAAAUGUCUACAUAAAGGAAAGGAAAUGAGUAUAAUUGAGUCAAUAUAUUUUUAAAGCAAUUUUUAUAAUUUAGCAGACAUUGCAUCUUAAUAUAAUUCACUAUUAAAAUGUGUCCUUGUGAAAAAAAUUGAUGUCAUUUUCCUCUCUCUGUUUCUAUUGGUUGAUAUGUAAAAAAUAGGUUCCUUUCCUUUGCUAAAUGUUCUGUUUAUUUUUGAUACAUUAUUUCUUGCGCCUGAAGAAUGUACCUGUUACUCUUUACUCUUUUUCUCUGAAAUCCCGCAAUCCUUCUGCCCUCUCAAAUACAGAAAAUAUUUCAAUGUUUCUUAAAAGUCAUAGUAUCUUAAUGAUUUCUAAGAAUGGACAAAGACACAGAAAUAUUUCAUCAUUUUCUGAGAACUUCAUCCAGGCCUUUGUUAUUGACAGAAUUCAAUGAACUUUCUUCCUAAGUGGUUUUUUCACUUUCCUCCUUUUUCACCCCUCCUUCCUCUCUGUCCUAUCCUUUCCUUCUCUUGGCCUUCCUCCCUACUUUUUCCCUCAGUCUCUCCUUCUUGUCUAUCAAUAUAACCAAUUUGUUUUUUUCAGGUGGAAAGAAUGAAUUGAAAUCAUACAGCUGUGACCAGAAUCUUAUUUUCCUGAGUAGAUUUCUGAGAAUUGUGAAUGAAGCGGGCCCAUUUUCAGUUAUCUGCUUUAUUGCUCCAUGCAGAACACCUAAAAUUGUUGUGUUAUAUGUUAUAUUGUACUUUAACUUGUUGCUUAAUUUCUACAUGUUUAUUUUCAGUAAUGGCUGAAAGUGUUGAUUAUUCCAUAUUUUAGCACAAUGUGCUGCAUAUAUUUCCCAAUAAGCAAACAAGGUUACAUGUGUACAGAAGUUCACUUUUGAUGAAAUAUUGCCUGGGUUUUGGUCCCGCCUCCCAUUUGAAAUGCUUUCUUUUUAAUGUUUGAAACUGAAAAUAAACAGUUACUGAAUGAUUUUGAAUUUACCUCAUUUUAGAACUCAGUUUUAAUUUAUUUGGCCUGUUUUUAAUAUUAGUCACUAAAAAUAAAGUGGAGCACUGUCUUAUGCAACGCCUAAGAAUCGUUUUAUAUAGUAUGUGUACAACAUUAAAACCUGUUCUACAAAGAAAAACAUACCAGCGUUCACUUGCCCCUUGCCAUUUUUUCUUGUAAUUGGGAAAUUUCCCUGGGGGGGGGGGGAUAAAAAAUUAAUUGUGUUUUAAUUUUACAGCUACCGGAGCUUUGUAUUGCUAAACUUACAUCUGGAAAAGUUUCACAUGACAUUUUUAAGAGAAUUUUUUAUCUACUGAAUUCUACCAGUGUAACCAUUUUUUCUAAAUAAACAAUAGUUUUCUCAAAUGACUAUA